UAUUUCCUGAAUACCCUAAUAGUCGUGCCUUUACAAAUAUUUCUUCUUUCAUUCAUUCUCCAUCAAGUAAUUCUGUCAGAUUGACGACUCACUCGACAGCCGUUACUUUUGACAUUGCUGGCCAGUGUCCACUCCAUUGCUAUUUUUUUUACCAAUAAACUCUACUUGCAAGAUGUCCUUAAAUUCCUCCAUUGGUCUUUCCCGAAAACCAUCUCAGCGAUUACUCUCUGCUGUGCGCUCCAUCAAGCAGAAAGUGAAUCGUCCCAAAGGCCAGCCGAAAGAUGCCAAUUCCCUAGGCACUCGGCCCCUGUCAGAGACUAUUUUGGAUAUCAAUUUCCAAGGAGGUUCUUCUACUAGCACUACUGCCAACUGUCGUCCAACCUGCUGGCCGAUGCUCGCCCCGAUGAUGUUCGAAUUCGAGAUAUUACCUAGAUUUUAUAGAGCGGCCCCAUACUCGAGCUCCCAUCAAGAAACAGAUACCGCGCGCAGUGUUCCUUAUGGACAAAAUGUGCAAUCCACAAAUGUUAACCAUCGCAAUGCACAAGAGAAACGCAACGUCGGUGUUUUUCGUGUUUGUCAGGUAUCCCCAACGCUGUCUCGCUGCCUACCAUCCACUCCGCCGCUAGGAUUCGGAAAAUUGGGCGAUCAAAAUAAGCCUGAACAACCGCUGCCAAGACUUUUCUGUCCGCCGCCCAGAUGUGACCGAACAGAUUCCCUAGUACAGCCGCCUUGCUCGCCCUACAGGUCGAGCGAAGAUUCAUCUUCGUCACAGGAAAGUCAAGAAUCGGACUACGCUUCUAGAGUAUCAAUCCGACUCUCGGUCGAAAUCGUUCAAUCCUUCUUUGAUCACACCGGACCUUCAUCGCCUUGUUCAGAAUCUUCCGACGAAGAACUUUACGCGGAGAAAAUCUCUGCCAGACUUGAAAACUUAUGUUAUGACAAGCCUCUAGAAUUCAUUCACCGGAGAAGCCACGCUGGGAAAGGAAAUGCAAACAAGCGGAUAUCGUCAUUUGGCGUGGCUCGCAUCAUCAUUUCUUCUCCCAACGCUUUACAAAAGCCGCUGCUAUCUCCAUCUUUCAAAUCAUGGCUUGACAAAUUCAUUGAAAGCCGCUUGAAUCAAGACGAGUCAUUGAAUGGAUUUCAUGGCAGCUUUGAGUCGAUGAUUCCGGAGGAGACCCACUCUGCUAUUCAGGAGGAGGUUUGUGAGGAAAUGAAUCCGGUCCCAGUUUUGAAAGCCAAUCACGACACGCGAAACUCCUUGGACGCACUCUAAACUUGUCCCAUCAGAUUUUCUCAUACUUUCUUUGUGUCAAUUAUCAUGCAAGGCGCAUCGUAAAAUUUACAGUAGUGGACUUGUCAUUCUGAAGUUACCAACCCUAAUACACUUGCAGAACAAAUGAACAAUUAGCUCUUUUCCAGGAAUUCACAAAGAUUUUAUUA